UAACAGGAUUGCCGAUAUUGUAAACAGCGGCGUGAGCGACACAGGAAGAGAGAGAGGGAGAGAGAGAGGGGGGGAGAGAGAGAGAGAGAGAGAGAGAGAGAGAGAGAGAGAGAGCGUGUGCGCAAAAUGCGCCGCCGUCAAUUAAGACUCUCACUCGAGCCGCUUUAAUUCGAGCGAUGACCGCGAGCCGCGCCAAGGUGUCCGCCGUGCGUCAGCCUGUGCGCCGCCGCACCAAAGAUUAAUGGACAACACUUUUGCAUUUCUCUGCGGGGACCUGUGAGCACGCUGUACAGAAUUCACCUUGUGGAAAAUAAGUGUCCGGAGAGGAAUUUCUCAACUUCUUUUUCUUCUUUUUUUUUUAUUGUUUUUCGUCUGCUCCUCUUGCGCGCGCUCCGCCGUCUUAAAUAUUAAAUCCACAUUUGUUGCCUGCUCUUGGAUGAACUUCCUGAUGAGAGAUCCAGUCAUACCAGGAUCAAGUAUGGCAUACCAUCCGUUUAUACCUCACCGGGGUCCGGAAUUUGCCAUGAGCGCGAUGCUGGGUCACCAGCCUCCUUUCUUCCCGGCCCUGGCGCUCCCUCCCAGCGGAUCCCUCUCGCUGCCGGGCGCCCUGGGAAAACCGAUCAUGGACCAGCUGAUGGGAACCGCGGAAACCGGCCUCCACUUCUCCUCGCUGGGCCACCAGGCUGCGGCGGCGCACCUCAGGCCUCUGAAGACUCUGGAACCCGAGGAGGAGGUGGAGGACGACCCCAAAGUUCACCUAGAAGCCAAGGAGCUGUGGGAGCUUUUUCACAAGAAGGGGACGGAGAUGGUGAUCACCAAAUCUGGGAGGCGGAUGUUCCCCCCGUUCAAAGUGAGGUGCACAGGUCUGGACAAGAAGGCCAAAUACAUUCUGUUGAUGGACAUUGUUGCAGCUGACGACUGCAGGUACAAAUUUCACAACUCCCGCUGGAUGGUGGCGGGCAAAGCCGACCCCGAAAUGCCAAAGAGGAUGUACAUUCAUCCGGACAGUCCGGCUACCGGCGAGCAGUGGAUGUCAAAAGUCGUCAAUUUCCACAAACUCAAGCUUACAAAUAACAUCUCAGACAAACACGGAUUUGUAAGUUCAACUAAUACCAUUCUUAAUUCGAUGCACAAAUAUCAACCACGAUUUCACAUCGUGAGGGCCAACGAUAUUCUCAAACUGCCGUACAGCACCUUCAGGACUUACGUUUUCCCUGAAACGGAUUUCAUUGCGGUGACUGCAUAUCAAAACGACAAGAUAACCCAGCUCAAGAUUGAUCAUAACCCAUUUGCCAAAGGAUUUCGCGACACGGGGAAUGGCAGGAGAGAAAAGAGGAAACAGCUGGCUCUGCAGUCCAUGCGUUCAUACGAGGAGCAGCAGAAAAAGGAGGCCGGGGCUUCAGACGACUCCUCCGGAGAGCAGGCUCCCUUUAAGUGCUUCGGCCAGGCCUCGUCCCCCGCCGUGUCCACCGUGGGGCCCCCGCACCUGAAAGAUUUCUGUGACAGCGACGAGGACAGCGAUGACGAGAGCAAAGACGACCACAGCAAAGACGGACCGGACUCCAGCAAGAUCUCCACGACCACGGAGGACGCGAGGGAGCACGGCCACGCCUUCAGCCACACCGACACGGCGGGCAGAGUCCCCAGGACUGAGAAGAGUCAGGCGGACUCCCGCCACAGCCCCAUCACGGUCAUCUCCAGCACCACCCGCUCGGGCGAAGAACUCAAGAGCCCGAACGUGGACGCGCCUAAAACGGACGAGUGCAGCAGGCCCAUGAAGGACAGCUUCAUGCCUUUGACCGUUCAGACUGACAGUAGCGCGCACAUGGCCCACAGCCACUUGCAUAAUUUUGGAUUUCCAGCCGGUCUGACGGGACAGCAGUUUUUCAACCAUUUGGGGGGCGCGCACCCGUUCCUCCUGCACCCCACUCAGUUCAACAUGGGCGGCGCCUUCUCGAACAUGGCCGCGGGCAUGGGCCCUCUGCUGGCGGCCGUGUCCACGGGAGGGGUGAGCACCAUGGACACAACGAGCAUGGCAUCACCCCCGCAAAGCCUGACGGGAGGGCCGAGUCUCCCGUUUCAUCUGCAGCAACACAUCCUGGCAUCGCAGGGCCUCGCCAUGUCGCCGUUUGGCAGUUUGUUCCCCUACCCCUACACGUACAUGGCUGCAGCGGCCGCCGCCUCCUCCGCCGCCGCCGCCUCCCCCUCGGUGCACCGGCACCCGUUCCUGAACGCGGUGCGGCCCAGACUCAGGUACAGCCCUUACUCCCUCCCCAUGACGGUACCGGACAGCACCCUGCUCACCACUGCCGUGCCCCAUAUGGGAGGCGGCGGGGGCGACCUGAAGGGGGACGGCCUGGUUCCGGCGAGUCCGGUGUCAGCCGUCACUCUGGACUCCACGUCGGAGGUGACCACCAUCUCCUCCGGGUCGGUUUCUUUGUCGCCUAAAAGUUGCGCGGAGAAAGACGCCGCCAACGAACUGCAGAGCAUCCAACGUCUGGUCAGCGGACUGGACUCGAACCAGGAUCGGCCCCGCAGCGGGUCCCCUUAGGAGUUCUUGAUUUUUUUUUUUUAUUUUUUUUUUAACCACGUGUUUCUUUCGUGAAAAAGGUGGUGAAGAUUUUCGGAAGACACCCUUCAAUGUAGAGUUUCACACUUUAAAAAAAAUCAACAUAAACUGUUUUUUUUUUUUUUUUUCUGAAAUGCACUUUGGUUAACACGUUUUGUUAAAUUAAACACUCAUAAUCUGAAUACCACACAAGUAUUGAAACUGAGAAAAAGUUGGCAUGGGUGUGUGACUUACAGGAGAAGUUGCUGCUGUGUCUCCUCUUUAUUAUAUUUGAAUACACGUGGAGUUGUUAGUUUUUUUUUCAGUGUUUUAUUAAUAUGCACUCUGAACUGAUUUCACUUAUUCUACCUUUUAAAGACUGCUGUAUUUUUUUGUACACAAUUAAAUCGAACAGCCUCUGAUCGAUUGGCCAAAAUAUUGAAAACAAUGAUCCUGCGAUUUUUAAUAUAAACUUUUUUCUUUUCUUUUCUUUAAAUUGAAUUGUCAAGUUAAUUUCUUCCGUGUUUUGUUUUGUUUUUAUUUUUAAUUUAAAAAUUGGAAUACGACGAGUGGUGCUCCUUGAGGACUUCAGUCCCACCGGCAAAGGGAAUCAGAAAUAUAAAUAUUACAAAUGAAAGGUAGAAUUGAUUAUAGAUGUACAUAGGGUAUAUAUAAAAUAUUUAUGUAAUUAUUUCAUAUUGUUAUUGCGUGUAAAUACAACGGAGUAGUUUGUUUCUAGGGAUCUGUUUUUAAUUUAUUGUCGAUAUACUUGUGUAAGGAAAAAAUAUUGUUUAUGGACUAUUCUCCUUUUGUUGCAUUUACACCCCGUCUGAAAUACGGACUUUUCCCCCCUAAAUAUCCACUGAGCUUGUUAUUCACACUCAUGUGCCAUUGUGUUUCACUCUUGCUGUUUGAAUGGAACGAAAAAUCGACGACGCACUGCACCGAUGGCUUGAAACAAAAUCUAUAUAAAUUAUAUUCGUUCGGAGGAAAGUGAGAAGUGUUGUGAAGUGUGAUCAAAGUGGGCUAUUUUUCUCCCCUGUUUUUUUUUUUUUUUUUUUUUUUUUUUAAUACUUUGCGAACCUGUUCGUAAAAGUGUCGCAUCUAAUCGAAAAAUAUGAAGGUUUUCUUUUGUGUUUUCUUAAGGGUUUUGUUGUAUUGGAUUUAUGUCUAGUUUACAGCAUCGACAUCGUGUUCUUGAAAGUUUGAAUAAAAUAUUGAAAUGUCA